AUGGCAACGCCGGCGGCAUCCGCGUUCUCCAUCCCCCGGUUUCUGCUGCCGCAGAACGGCGCGAUAUGGCGCCGGGUCAACCGCUUACAGCCCGGCACCGCACGGCAGCUCGUGGUGCGAUAUGCGUCCAACGAUGCAGCCAAGGGCUCCAAGCCCAUCGUCUUGGAGAAGCCGGCCAAGUUCAAUCCGCCCUCCCACGGAUCCCGGCUGCCAAAGCGGACCACUCCUCGUCACUAUGGCGGUGCUCUGAGUGCAGAAGAAACGCAAGCCCAGAAGAAGAAGGACUACCCAGGCACAAUGCCGGCGGACGGUACAUGGGCGAAUUGGUUCUGGACGAGCAGAAACUUCCAUCUCUGCAUCACUCUGGGCACUCUGACGUCUUUGGCGGUGUUCACAUUCGUGCAGAACUUCAGGCACACCUCCCCGUUCGCCGAGAUGCUCCCGGCCGGUUCUGAAUAUCUCUCUCAUCCAAUUGACUCAUUCGGUCAACUCAUCGAGGUGAUCCGCCUUACCGAGAACUACCAGUCCGAAAUAACGGCAGAGAAGAGAAAGAGGAAAGUGGACGACGUUGCCAAGCGGAAUGCGUACCGACAGGCACACGGCAUCACCAACGACGGCAUGUUCGCUAGCUGGACAUCCAAGUCUGAUGAGGAGUCGCUCGGGCCAGCAGUUCCCCCUGAAGAGGAAGCGGCCCGCGUGGCAGCGGAGGACGCGAAGCCGAAGAAAUGGUUUGGCCUUUUCUGA